AUGAAAAAAAAAAGGGAUAAACUUCCAUGUGUCAGGCAGAAGGUGACAAUCGCCUGUGGCUCCUGUCGUAAGCGCCGGUCUAAGUGCACUGGGCCGCCUUUGUGCUUACGAUGUAAGCAGAAUGGGCUGCAGUGCGUGUUUAUUACACCUGGCAAUAAACGCGGGCCGCCAAAGGGUGUACCAAAAAAAAGCCAGGGGAAAAUUGAACAAUCAUUAGAAAAAAAUUAUACGGCAGAAUCUGGAUCAGAGACGCAAAAUUUUUCAAACAUACUGAUAUCCAAUUCAAUCAUCCCGCCACCGGAAAUGGAUGUAAGUAAUUGA